AUGGCUGCCCUGUUCUCGGGAAGUGUGCUGAUCCGGAACAACAGUGACCAGGACGAGCUGGACACGGAGGCAGAGCUGAGCCACCGGCUGGAGAACCGGCUGGUGCUGCUGUUCUUUGGGGCUGGGGCCUGCCCGCGCUGCCAGGCCUUCGUGCCCGCACUCAAGGACUUCUUUGUCCGCCUCACUGAUGAGUUCUAUGUGCUGCGGGCAGCCCAGCUGGCCCUGGUAUACAUUUCCCAGGACCCCACAGAGGAGCAGCAGGACCUUUUCCUCAGGGACAUGCCUGAAAAGUGGCUCUUCCUGCCCUUUGGGGACCAGCUGAGGAGGGACCUCCCGCGCCGCUUCUCCGUGGAGCAUCUACCCGCAGUGGUGGUGCUGAAGCCGGGCGGGGACGUGCUCACGCGCCAUGCAGCCGAGGAGAUCACGCGCCUGGGGCCCGCCUGCUUUGCCAACUGGCAAGAGGCGGCUGAGCUGCUGGACCGCAACUUCCUGCUGGCCGAGGACCUGGACGAGCCUGCGCGGCGGAGCCUGACCGAGCCGCUGCGCCGCCGCAAGUACCGCGUGCAGCGCGGGGCCAGGGCGCAGGGCGCCGGGGAGGAUGAGGCCCCCGGGGGUGCCCGGCCGCUGUUCUGAGCCGGUUGGAGGGAGCGGAGAUGGGGGAAGGACCCGGCACGGGGUGCUAGGGGUGGGGGGGUUGGGGUUUAACUCUGGGGAGGAGGGCGCCCCAAUGGGGGGCCACGACUGUCUGAGUCCCCCUAAGGCAGCCGGUGGUAGAAGAGGGAAGUCUGUGAUGGGCCCCCUACGGGAGAUGGGGGCCGGGCCCUGCGCUCCAGACUGGAACAGAGCAGGAAGGCUCCCUCGGGUCAGAGCAUCCCCUCCCAGAGCAGGGGGCUGGUGGGGUUGGAGUCCAAGCUGAAGCUUCUUUCUGAAGCCCCCCUCCACUAGGACGGGGCUAGGGUGCUCACCUCUAGGAUUAGCACAGCUGGACCUGGGGUGGGGGGAGGACAAAAUACAGGCCAGUCACUGCGCAAAUGCCCACCCAUCAGAGUGGGAUCUGGGCACCAAGAAGAGUCCCUGGCCCCCAGCCAGGAGUGAUUCCUGAGUCACGGCAUGAUCUCCGGGCACCUCCAGUGUGGCCUCAAUCAAAAACCAGAGCUCUUGGGGCUGGAGCGAUAGCACAGCAGGUAGGGCAUUUUCCUUGCACGUGGCCAACCCGGGUUCGAUUCCCAGCAUCCCGUAGCACUGCCAGGAAUAAUUCCUGAGUGCAGAUCCAGGAAUAACCCCUGUGCAUUGCUGGGUGUGACCCAAAAAGAAAAAAAAAUACAGAACUCACACCUGCUUGUGGCCCGAGCGGUGGUACAGCGGGCAGAGCGCUUGCCUUCACGCUGGUGACCCGGAUUCCACCCUUGGCAACAAGUAGGGUCCCCCAUGCCGACCAGGAGUGAGCCCCGAGCACAAAGACGUUAGUGAGCCCUGAGCACAAACCCAGGGAUGAGCCCUAAGCACAGAGCCAGGAGUGAGCCCCACAUUUUCCGCCCCCUCAUCACCCAUGGGGAGGUCGCUCUGAGCAGGAGACUUCUCGCGUUGUCUUUAGCGCCACCUGGUGGCAGAACUGGGAGGCCCCUCCUGGGCGCGGGGCCUCGCUCCCAAGGCAGCUGCUGUUUUUUUGUUUUGUUUUGUUUUGUUUUGUUCUUUUUGCAUCACACGCGGCGAUGCACAAGGGUUAUUGCUGGCUCUGCACUCAGGAAUUACUCCUGGCGGUGCUCGGGGGACCAUUUGGGAUGCCGGGAAUUGAACCCAUGUCAGCCGCGUGCAAGGCAAACGCCCUACCCGCAGUGCCCCCGCUCCAGCCCCCGGCAGCUGCUGUUGACCCCAUCUGGCUCUGGGGUCCCCACCGAGGCCUCGCGUCAGGGGGCGAGGUGUGUCCUUCCUACCUCUCACCCCUACUCACAAGGUCAGAGGAGGAAAUGCAGGCGCGGGGGAGUGCGGCAGCUGUCCCCGUCAGACUUCUGUGUGCCCAACUGUGGGUACAUGUGCGUGAUGCCCGCUCCGGUACCGGGCUGGCCAGUACCGCAACGUGGACUGCUGUUGUGUAAAAACGUCUGAAAGCGUCCAUCCCCAUCAGGCCAUGGACUGCGGUGAUUCGCGCCUGGACUCUGCUCUCAACUUUCCACUUGGAUGUAUACAUAAAAUAGAAUAAAAAUUCAGGUUUCAUUUAUUACUAAAAAUUCAAGACCGGUGGCAGGUCUGCGGAGCAGCAGGGAGCAGUGUCCCGGGUGUCUGCAGUGCUGGGAACCCCGCUCCACCCUGUGCCUCCGUUUCGUCCUCUACCCAACCCUGGGCGAAGACCGUCUGACCUGCCAGUCCCGUUUCUUGUUUUCUUGAACAAAUUUCUUUGAAAAGAAAGAGGGGUCAGAACGAAAGGACAAUGGGGAGGGCGCUGGCCUUGCGCACAGCUGACCUGGGUUCCAGCCUUGGCACCGCAUAGGGUCUCUCGAGCACCUCCAGGAGGGAUCCCUGAAUACAGAGCCAGGAGUAAGCCCUGAGCAUCACCGGGUGUGCUCCAGAAAGAAGAAAAAGACACAGCCUCAGGUCCGCUGGGUUCCUGUCGGACUGCCGCCCACUCAGGCACACAGCCCUCGGUCUCUUCUGCUCUGGGAUCUCCAUCUACCUGGCAG